AUGGACGGGAAAGAGUUGGAGAAUCUCGAAACGAAGCUAACGCAGCUGGAAAUCGCAACAGAGAAGUCAAAAACAUUGCUGAGCUCAGGUAAGCGAGUAGCAAUUAAGCGACACCUCGACGCGUUACAAACAACGGCCAACGAGGCCAACGAGUGCAGACGCACUGUUGAGGCAUUUAAAAUCACAAACAAAGAAGAGCUUUCAGAAAUAAAAAAAUGGAACGAUGACUUAGAUUUAAAGUUUGAGCCCGCUGACGCGGCUAUUCAAAACCUAGAACAUUUUCUUGCUGAGGCCAAAAAGGCCGAAAAGUUUGUGACGCACGAGGAAGAGUUAAAGCAUGAAAUGAUACUGCAUGAAAAGAGAAUGGAAAUGCAAGCCGAACUGUCUUCUGCCUCGUCUUCAGCCCCCAAACAUCAAAAGGAAUGUAAAGAAUCCGAAGUAUUUUCGGCUGGGACUGCAAAAUUACCCAAACUCGUUAUCGCAAAGUUUGGUGGCUCUUUUACUGACUGGCCAAAGUUCUGGGGACAAUUCACUGAAGCGAUUGACAAAAGUUUGCUAGCGCCAAUAACGAAGUUUACGUAUCUGUUAGAGCUGCUUGAACCAAACGUAAAACGCGGUGUCGAAUCUCUUCCAUUUAGUCCUGAGGGCUGAGGGGUAUAAUAAAGCGAAAGUAAUUUUGAAAGAUAAAUACGGCAAAGAGUCAGAAAUAGAGAAAUGCUAUGUGAAGGAAAUUUUGGAUUUACCAAACAUUCUGGGAGCCAAUCCCCGUAAGAUCGCUAACUUUUGUGAUAAACUUACGCAUUCAGUUCAAGCGCUCGAGACGAUGGGCAAACUUAGUAAUGUUAAUGGGAACGUAGCAAUGACCCUUGAUAAACUAUCGGGAAUUCGGGGGGAUUUGGUGCGCAACGACCCUUAGUGGGAUGCCUGGGAUUUUAUCAAACUAACUGAUGCAGUAAAUCAAUGGGUAAAGAGAAACCCCGUAACUAGCUCUGGAGGGGAACGGGAGGAGAACAAUGCAGGAAAACUCUUCCAUUCUCAAAAUCAGCGAUUUGUGCCCAGGGGAUGUGUUUACUGUGGUGAUUUGGGCCAUAAAGCCGUCCAAUGCGAAAACGUUAGUGAUGUAGGCGAAAGAAAGAAAAUACUGGCAAGAAAGGGUCAUUGUUUUAAUUGCGCAACGAAACCCCAUCGCGCUGCUGAUUGUACAAGUAAAUCUGCCUGCAGCCAAUGCGGCAAACGUCAUCACUCAUCCAUUUGUGAUCAAGCUAAGAUAGGCAAUGAAACUGAUAAACACGCGUCCGGUGAUAAGCAGUUGAUGACAGAUGGUGGCAGUGGUGAGGGCAUAUUUCCUGUAGUUGUGAUUAAA